AUGAAGUCCCUUCCGGUGAAGCCUGAUUUGACUGAAGCGCUCGCUGUACUGGCCUGUGAAGUCCUACCGCAACUUGCGAGUUGUGGAUACAGGGGUGUAUUUUCGGGAUUGCGGAUAAAGGCAAGCCCUAGUCGCAGGCAACGCCCCCAAUUCACAAGUCUCCCAAACGAAACACUUACCGAAAUUCUGAAGCACCUGGAGUGGCGCGAUGUUCUGGCGCUCCGUCAGUGCUGUCGCUCGUUGUAUUCUCUGUCAAAAGAACGUCAUGUCUGGUACAAUCUCUUCUUGAAGUACCACAAAACCACUUUUGCCCAACCCUACUUCCUCCCAAAGCCAUUGGAGCACUGCUCUUCGGACGAUCUCGAGAACCAUGUCACGAGCUGGUGGUCUGUGUUAGGGAACACGACCGGCGAGUCAAUUACAGUCGCCACAUAUGCAUUUGACCGCACGUUCGACCCUCGUCUCAUUGACCAUCUUCUUCCCCUUCACAAUGGUCACUACCUCUAUGGUGCUCCGGAUGGGACCAUCUUGUACGGCGACCCAUGUCGACCAGAAAUGGGUAUGCGCGUCCUUGCACCUUCGCCGUUCUCAGGAGAGGCAAACGUAGACACAUACGUGGCCCUCGACUUCCACCUUUCACGAGAUCCAGACGUGAGAAGGAACAGCUUUCCAACCAGCUUUCGCCUGGCAGUCACACGGCAGCCUAGAAACGAUCCCGGUGUCGUUGAGAUCUGGGAGAUAACAUCCCAGCUCGAGCAGGGGGUGUUAACCGGCUACUCGACAGCACUUCUCCAAUCCAUCACCGAACAUCCCCACGUUAACAUCCGACACUGUUCCAUCUUUGCAGAGCAUGUCGCCUAUGUGAUCGAUGGACGCGACAACUUCAUCGCUAUUGUCGAUUGGACAAAGGUCGAGGACGACAAGCCACUCUCCCGGACAUUCAUCCCCCGUGGCACGGCGAUUGAGAAAUUAUUUCUCCUCCCGUCAAAGAGGAUUUUCGUUAUGUACAACAUGUCAGUGAGUAUCCGGGACUGGGGACGAACAUGUUCCUCCACUACCUUGCACGAGGACCCAGCGUUUCGCCUUUGGGUCGACCCUCAAUGGGAACACCCACAGUGCUCACGAUGCCUUCACCCUUUUAUCACGCCGUACAUUGUGCGGGACUACACUCGCUUCGUUCUGGCCUGCCGGGAUCAUAUUGUUGGGAUCAGCAUACCAAACGACCCAGAGGCCGACAUCAAAACAUCAGUCACCACCACCCGCCUUGCAGAAGCGCCACUUCGCAGCGCAAUUGCGGAAGACUAUUCUUUUGGCUACUCAAAGGGGGCCUAUUAUAAUCAUUACAGCGGGGCCUACCACCACCUCACCUACAAUUGGCCGGACGAUGAGCCUUUGGUGUGCUCCGUCGGGACUGUUCGGCGAUCAGCCAUAUUCAAUCCAAGGUGUAUUCACUAUGACGGGGCUCGUGGCCUAAUCUAUACAUUCCGUCGUUACGAUGGCCUGGCUUGUAGCGUCAUUGGCAGCAUGUCGACGGGUUCCCAAGUGUGA